UCUUUGUACCCAGAAUCCAAAUUAGGAACCUUCCCGAACCCGAAUCCCUCGCAAGAAAUGCCCAAGUUUGGUGCCUUCCGUGUUGGCUCAAUUUUCUGUCCACGCAGAUAGCGACCUCGAUGUACAGCGGCAAAAUGGGGGACAAAAGUGUCAAUUUAUGAUCCUCUGUUUUCUUGAAUUUGUUCGGUUCUCUGCGUCAGACUCAAGUAGGAAGUCAAAACAGUUGAGAGAGAUAGAGAGAGGGAGGAGAGAUGGAGAGGGCGAAGUUGCUAGUGAUUGCAGCGGUGAAUCUGUUGUUCGUGGUGGCUACAUGCGAGGCGAUCGAGUCGCCUCAGUAUACGGUGGUUCACAAGGAAUCAGAUUUUGAGGUCAGGCUUUACAGGGAAUCUAAGUGGAUCUCUGCCCCUGUUCGUGAGCUCUCUUUCCAAAAGGCCACUUUGUUUGGCUUCCACAGGUUGUUUCAGUACAUCGAAGGGGCCAAUCUCAAUUUCUCUCGCAUUCCGAUGACAGCUCCUGUGUUGACAAGCAUAGUCCCCGGAGCUGGGCCCCUUCACUCAUCAGCUUAUUUUGUUAGAUUCUACCUGCCUGAGAAGUUCCAAGCCAACCCACCAGUCCCGCUCCCUGAACUGAAACUGAAACAAUACACAUGGGACAGUCGCUGCGUUGCUGUCAGGAAGUUUUCUGGAUUUGCAAAAGAUGAUAACAUUGUGAGAGAGGCAGAGAAACUUGCAUUCAGCUUGAGCAGUUCACCAUGGGCAAAUGCUACUUCUGAUAGUAGUGAUGCGUACUCAAUUGCACAAUAUGAUUCCCCGUUUCAGUUUUUUGACCGUCUAAAUGAAGUCUGGUUUGAUAUUGAUGAAUCCGGUGGGGUGGCUACGUACUAAAGUAUUGCACCAUCAGAGGACAUAUGUUAGGCUUUCUGCUUAUUUGUGCAAGAGGAAGGAAGCAAGACAGUAUUGUUGUAUCUUAAUCUGCCUAUCUGUAUAUAUAUAUAUAUAUAUAAUAUGAUAGUCUGUAAAAUAGAUGGUCAUUCUCACUGUGCUUUUGAGUUUUACUUCCAUGUACAGCACAUAAAUAAUGUCUUCUGUAGUUUUGGAAUAAAAUUUAAGUUUCAGUCAAA